GCGGUUUCUAAAAGCCCAGACCGACCGGACUCCAGCUCGGCUCGCGCAGUGCAGUGGCCCGCCGCGUGCGACCGAGGCCGCCCAACGUGCCGCGCACCAGCACGAGCGCCUCCCCCCCCUCCCUCCGCGCACGGCACCGUGACGCGCACCGCCGCGCCUCCCCUCCCCCCGGUCGCGCGGCCGCCCUCCCGUCCCCAUUGCGCGAUCGCGCGGCGGGGGGCCAGCCAGCCAGCCCUAAACCUAGCCCGCCCGGAGUGGCCAGCGGCUUUGCGGCGGCCCGAUGCAGGGCCAGCAGGUGUACAGCCGCCUCGGGAGCUUCGGCGGGGCGGCGCCGGGCACGCCGUCCCCGCCCCCGCCCCCGUCCCCGUCCCCCGUGCGCGGCGGCGGCGGCUCGGGGAGGCGGACGCCGGGGAAGUCCGGCGCGGCGAGGGGGUCCCAGGAGGCGGCGGCGGCGGCGGCGGGGGCCGCCGGGUGGGGCGCCGCGGCCAGGCGGGCGGCGUGGGCGCUGCUCGCCGCGCUGCUGCGGCGGCAGGCCGUCUUCCUCUUCGCGCCGCUGCUCUACGUCGCCGCCAUGCUGCUCUACAUGGGCUCGCUCCCGCUCGACGUCGUGCCGCGGAUCAUCACGCGCUCCGCCCCCGGCUCCGUCUACCGCAGCCCCCAGCUGUACGCGCGCCUCCGCCCCGACAUGGACGCCGACAACUCCACCGACGCGUUAGCAACUGUAUGGAGGCAAACCUACAAAGGUGGUGUCUGGCGACCUUGCAUACACAAUCUGACAAACAGUUUGCCUGAAUCAAAUGGCUACAUAUAUGUGGAGGCAAAUGGUGGUUUGAAUCAACAAAGGACAUCGAUAUGCAAUGCGGUUGCUAUUGCUGGUUUUCUAAAUGCUACUCUUAUUAUCCCGAAUUUCCAUUUCCACAGCAUUUGGAAGGAUCCAAGGUCUCCUCAUUUCUCCCACUCCAUUCUCAAAUACAUUUUUGACUAGCUGUCUACUUGACAGUAAGUCUGAAAUAUAUGUAUUAUUGCUCGAUAACGGUGUGUUUGGUUUGUGCCCAAAGCAAUUGGCCUUUGUUUGGAUGUUUGCCUUUUUUUUGGUAUGCACAUGUCCCUUUGUCUGUUUUCUAUACCAUAUUUGUCAGUCAUAUGUACCUCUCCCAAACACCAUGUUACUCAGUUCUUUCUUUCAAACCUUGAGGUUUCUAGAACAGUUAAGUUGCUCUUCAGUCUCGUAUGCUUGAUUACUACUCCCUCCGUCCCAAAAUAAGUGUCGCUGAUUUAGUAUAACUUUGUACUGAAGUUGUACUAAAUCAGCGACACUUAUUUUGGGACGGAGGGAGUACCUUAUAAGGCUUAACUUCACAUUAGAAUGUCAUGUCAAUUAAGACUGUCAAAGUUGGAACCAGGAUACACCCCUCCCCC